AUGGGUGAUAGAUUUCCUUCAUGGAUGAUGAGAGUCCCUUUGCCUCUCAACAAUUUGAAGAAGCUCGUCCUAACUGGCUGUCGCAAAUGCGGAGAACUCCCGAUAAUAGGCCAUCUACCGUUCCUUAGAGACGUGGAGAUAAUUGGUAUGGAUAACCUAAAACGCUUGGGAAGUGAAAUUUAUGGUUAUGAUCUUGUUUACGAGGCUACACGAGACAAGGAGACGAUACUCUUAUUUCCAGCACUAAAAACAUUAAUUGAAUGGAUGGAAGCACCCACAACGACGACGACAAAAGUAGAGGUGUUCCCUUGCUUGGAGAAGUUGAAGAUAUUCCAUUGUCCAAGUAUUGAGUUCAUUCCAAUUCCCUACAGCAUGGCAUCCCUCCGCAAACUGUGGAUUCAAUGGUGUAAUGCAUUAUCUAGUAUUGGCCAACUCAAUCAUUGCACCUCUCUCCGGAAAUUGAUUAUUCAAUGGUGUAAUGGAUUAUCAGCCCUACCGAGCGGGAUUGAAAACUGCACCUCUCUUGAGCUAUUACAUGUAUUCAGUUGCGAAAAUCUAGCGACCAUUUCGUUUACACGAGUCCUCCCAUCCCUCCGUAAAUUGCAAGUUGACCACUGCCAUAAUCUAUCUUGCUUGGCUGUCCCGGAAUACUUCCCCUCGCUUCAGGAGUUGAGUGUAAUGGGAUGCCCCAAGCUAGCAUCCAUUACAUUUUCUACGGAUUUGAAUCCAUGUCUUGAGAAGUUGAUUAUAAAGGACUGCAACGGUCUACAAUCUCUUCCAGAUUUUCGCAGUCUCACAUCCCUCCGUGAAUUGUAUAUUGUAGGAUGUGCGGGGAUAGAAAGUCUGACAGGGCUGAGCUGCCUCGCUCGUCUGGAGGACUUGGGGUUAGGUCCUUUCUGGGAGGACCUCGACUCUUUCCCUGAUUUUCAAGUUCCAUCCCAACACCUUGUCUUAUUACAGUUGGACGGGUGGCCUAAGCUCAAGUCUCUUCCUCAACAAGUUCAACACUUGACUUCGCUUACUAGGUUGACUAUACGUUUUUUCAACGGAUUGGAGACUUUACCAGAGUGGCUGGGCAACCUUGCAUCUCUCGUGCAGCUGAGUAUUGAGUGGUGUGAGAAUCUCAAGUAUCUACCUUCUCUCGAAGCAAUGCAACGCCUCACCAAAUUAGAUCUUCUAGUUGUUUUUCGUUGUCCACUUCUAAAACAAAGAUGCACCAAGGACAGCGGCGAAGAAUGGCCCAAGAUUUCUCACAUUCUACAUGUCGAAAGUAAGUAA